UUCCACUUUCCACAAUGCAGUCAGGCAAGUACCGUUCUCCUGGCAACCAUCAAACCCAGACACAGUCAUUAAAUUGCCAGACAGAGAAGCAUGAUUCGUCACUCCAGAGUCCAGUGGCAGCGUGCGUUACACCACUGCAUCCGACACUUUGCAUUGCACUUGUUGCUGUUGCUUCCACUUUGUUAUAAUACUACUAACAGUUGAACGUGGAACAUUUAGUAGCAAGGAAAUUUUACGGAUGGACUUAUUGCACAGGUGGCAACCUAUCAUGGUACCCACGCGUGAAUUCACUGAGCUCCUGAGAGCGACCCAUUAUUUCACAAAUGUUUGUAGAAACAGUCUGCAUGCUUA